UGGCUGCCCCUGGAUCCCUGGAAGUGUCCAAGGCCAGGUUGGAUGGGGCUUGGAGCACCCUGGGCUGGUGGAAGGUGUCCCUGCCCAUGGCAGGGGUGGCACUGGAUGGGCUUUAAAGGUCUCUCCCAACCCAACCCCCUCCAUGAUUUUAUGACUCUCUGAGCCAAGCAGACCUCUCAGGUCAAACCCUACAGAUCAGCCCAGCAGGACAGGGCUGGGCUGGAACUCCUGGGGUUCCUUUCAGGGUCCCCCUUCCUGGGAGCAGGGAGCAGGGGCAUGGCAGGGUGGGAACAGUCCCUGCUCCCAUUCCAUGCUGUCAGAAGGUCCCUGUGGGUGCCAGCACCCCCGGGCGGUGCCUGGAGCAGCACUGGCAGCACCCAGGUCCUGGCAGGGCUGAUAAGGGGGUGCAGGGGGGGGCACUGGUGCCUGGCAGCAUUUUCCCUGCAUGUUCUCUCCCCCCUGACUGCACUCAGGCUGGGCUCAACUUGAUUUGUCAUUGUGCUCCAGCCCCCCACACUGGGUCUUCUGGAGAAAAGGCAAAUGUAGGCAAAUCUAAUGAAGGUUAUUCAUCCCUAUUCCAUUAAAAAAAGGUCUGCAACUAGAGGGAGAAAGCAAUAUUGUCAGGCUGGAAAUGUCCCUCGGUAUUUUCUUUCUUUGAAUUGAUUUUCCUGCCAUAUUUUCAAUACAGAAGACACUUGGCAGGAGAUGGUCUGUGGAGGAAGGCAAGAGCUGGUGUCUGGAGAGGAGCUUGGGCAGCCCUGCACCUCUGCUGCAGCCUGGCCACGCAGCCACCCCCUCAGCUGUCCCCAGCUCUCCCCUAGCCCAGCCCAAAUCCUGUGGAAAACAACAGGAAAACAGCAGAUUCCUGCGGGUGCCUUGGAAUCAGCAUUGAAGCCCCUGUGCUUUCAGCAAGGAUGGUGUUUCUUGGGGUUUAUGCAGGAAACAAAAGAGGGAAGCUCCCCUGGGCACUGCUCCUGGCUGGGAUGCAAACCCCCUGGGUGCUGAGGUGUGUCAGGGCAGCCUGGAUGUCUCCUCCUCAGAGCACAGCCCAGCUGAGUGUGGGGGGCUUGUGGAAUUUGGCAGGUUCUGAAGGGGAAGGCCCUGGGCUCCCCCCAGGCUGGACAGCCCUGAGCUGAGCUUUUGCUGCUUUUUGAGCCCACAGCAGGUCCUGCAGUGACAAACCUGGUGUUCUAAGCCUGUUUCACCCCCCUUUAUGGAUGUGGCUGGAAGCAGAACUGAGAUGAGCAGGAUGGUCCCGUGUGGUCCUUGCUCCCUGUCCAGCAGCACUGCAUUGGGCUGGUCCUUUCACAUCUGAGGGGAGAGCAUUUGGGUGAACUUACCAUGGGAGGAGGGUGGAACAAGACAAGCUUUAAUGUCCCUUCAGCCCAAACCAACCUGUGAUUCUACCAGAGGACAUCCUGAGUUGGAAGGGACCAACAAGGAUCAUGGAAAUCCAGUUCUGAACUUGGACUCUGAAAUGCAACUAUGAUUCUUCCUGCUCCAAAAGGCACAAAUAAAUCAAACAGGUCAACUUCUGUUAUGGGAGAGGGAAAAUGAGGCUAAUGCAGAUUUGGGCUGCAGAGCCUGAGCAUCCUCUGAAUAGCUCCAGCACUGCCUCAGCUCCUGGUGCUGCAGGGAGUCCCCGGGCAGGGCAGGGCCCUGCACAGUUUGCUGGGGACAAACCCCUCGGGGUCGCUCUGCCAGGGGCUGGAUUUUGGCCUGGACAUUCCUCAUUUCACUGAGGGAAGGCAGAGCCCAGUGCUGGGAAUGCUGAGGCACCAGGCUCACACCUCUGAGUCCAGCCCACGCUCAGUGGUGAUGGACCAUCACCCCCCAGAGGGGCCCACGCCUGGAAGCCCAGCAGAGCAGCCACCAUGGUGCACUGGUCAGCAGAGGAGAAGCAGCUCAUCAGCAGCAUCUGGGGCAAGGUCAACGUGGAGGAAUGUGGGGCCGAGGCCCUGGCCAGGCUGCUGAUCGUCUACCCCUGGACCCAGAGGUUCUUCUCUAACUUCGGGAACCUCUCCAGCCCCACGGCCAUCGUUGGCAACCCCAAGGUCCGUGCCCACGGCAAGAAGGUGCUCACCUCCUUCGGGGAGGCCGUCAAGAACCUGGACAACAUCAAGGGCACCUACUCCAAGCUGUCGGAGCUGCACUGUGAGAAGCUGCACGUGGACCCCGAGAACUUCAGGCUCCUCGGAGACAUCCUCGUCAUCGUGCUGGCCUCCCACUUCGGCAGGGAUUUCACCCCCGCCUGCCAGUUCGCCUGGCAGAAGCUGGUGGGUGUCGUGGCUCACGCCCUGGCCCGCAGGUACCACUGAGACCCCGGGCAGAGCGGGAGCACGGGGGGAUGUCCCGGGGGACCCCUCGGGCCGUGACCAAAUAAACGCCUCCAGCAUCA